GAAGAUUCCAUCUAAGAGCACAGCGUGGGCACUAGGCGGAGGGAGGGGGGAGAGAGUGGUGACUUCACCUGGCUCAGGGCAGAGGUAUCUGGAGCCCAGGCUUGAGCAUCGAAGAGCCUGGCAUCUCAGCAGCCACGACCUUGCCUCUGUCCUGUCUGAGCCGGGAAUCGAGCUCCCAGCCUCGCUGGCACAGGCCUUGGCACAAGUAAGCUGUGCUUUCACCUGUUUGCGACAGGGCACAGACGCCGAGGAACCAAGAUCUGGCCUGGCCCAAAGCUGGGCUCUCUGGUGGCCCAGAGCUGGUCACUGGGGAGCCCUCCUCCUGCCCUAGCCCCACUGGUGCGAAUGUGCCGCUGCCCGCUGGAGCACCAUGAUGGCAGGAUGACCUCAGCCGAAGUAGUGGCAACAGCUGGUGGUGCUCGGGUGACUGGGCCCCCCGAGUGGUCCCCUGGCAGCCCCCAGGCCCUCGGGCAGCCUGGCCGGGCCCGGGUGGCCAUGGCAGCCCUGGUGUGGCUGCUGGCAGGAGCUAGCAUGUCAAGCCUCAACAAGUGGAUCUUCACAGUGCACGGCUUUGGGCGGCCCCUGCUGCUCUCGGCGCUGCACAUGCUGGUGGCAGCCCUGGCAUGCCACCGGGGGGCACGGCGCCCCAUGCCAGGUGGCACUCGCCGCCGAGUGCUGCUGCUCAGCCUCACUUUCGGCACCUCCAUGGCCUGCGGCAACGUGGGCCUGAGCGCUGUGCCCCUGGACCUGGCGCAGCUGGUCACCACCACCACACCCCUGUUCACGCUGGCCCUGUCAGCGCUGCUGCUCGGCCGGCGCCACCACCCGCUGCAGCUGGCUGCCAUGGGCCCCCUCUGCCUGGGGGCCGCCUGCAGCCUGGCCGGAGAGUUCCGAGCACCUCCCACCGGCUGUGGCUUCCUGCUAGCUGCCACCUGCCUCCGCGGCCUCAAGUCAGUUCAGCAGAGUGCCCUGCUGCAGGAGGAGAGGCUGGAUGCGGUGACUCUGCUGUACGCCACCUCGCUGCCCAGCUUCUGCCUGCUGGCGGGAGCCGCCCUGGUGCUGGAGGCUGGUGUGGCCCCACCACCCGCUCCUGCUGACUCCCGCCUCUGGGCCUGCAUCCUGCUCAGCUGCCUGCUGUCUGUGCUCUACAACCUGGCCAGCUUCUCCCUGCUGGCCCUCACCUCGGCCCUCACCGUCCACGUCCUGGGCAACCUCACCGUUGUGGGCAACCUCAUCCUGUCCCGGCUCUUGUUUGGCAGCUGCCUCAGUGCUCUCAGCUACGUGGGCAUUGCACUCACUCUUUCAGGAAUGUUCCUUUACCACAACUGCGAGUUCGUGGCCUCCUGGGCUGCCCGCAGGGGGCUGUGGCAGAGGGACCAACCUGACAAGGGUCUUUGAGGCCACCCGGGAAGCCCCAGCCUGAAUCCAGCCGUGGCCAGUGGUCAUAGGAAAAGUGGAGAACAGGUAGCCGCCUUUGCUGGGGGCCAUGGGAGAGAGAGGCACCUUCUGGAAGGGUUGCCUUGGAGACUGGAGUGGGGACUCCCAGAGACCUACCUCCUGUCUCUGCCUGCCUCACCCUUGUCACAGACUCUGCUCACCACUGGAUGGUGGGUCCAAGCCUGGCAUAGUCACUGUGCUUGUCAGAGUAAUUAUUAUGAUUAGCAUCGACUACUAUGCCCAGAAAUGCUGGGCAAACGGAAAACCUCAAGUGUUAUGAUGACGAUGAUGAUGAUUCUUGGCGGUUGCACAAUCCUUCCUCCUGUGGGGGAGGCAGCUAGGGGGCCCAGGGAAAAGCUUCUUUGCUGCUGGGCUCCCCUAGGGAGUUGGGGUAGUCUGUGCCAACUCCAGGCAGCUGCUGUGACCUCACCCCUGGGCCCCCAAUUUUGGGUCAUCCGUCCUCAAAUAAACUAUUUUUGCUUGUA